UAAAGCUCUCUGAUGGGGAAGGGCUUAAAGGCUGAGUCAAAAGCCAAGAAGUCUCUUUAUUUACGCCUACCUCCCAGCCCCUGGCAAUCUGACUAAUAACAAACUGAGCUAACAAGAAAGACUAGAAACAGCAGAGAGAACAUAGAAGCAGCUUGGAUCUAAAAAUCAGACAACACAAGUGAUCAAGUAAAGCCCUGCUGAACAUCUUGUUUGUUUACUGCAUCCAAAUGCUUGCAAACAGUUAACUAUAUGCAGAAAAGUCAGCAUAGCUGUGAAGUAUGCUGUGAAUUUUAAUUGAGGAAAAAGGACAACUGAUUACAGGAUGGUUUAAUGUGCACUCUGUCUGGAAGAUUUUUUCAAUUGAAAGCUUUGUACUUUGUCUUCUGAACAAGGAUUUUGACUUUAUGGAGCUGUAACGUUACCAGAGCUUGCAGCAAAGAAACUCAGACCAAAGUGUGCAUUUUUCACAAAGAAAAAUCACAUUGCAUUCAAACAGCUGCUCCAACUGUGUAUUACUGGGUAUUUUGGGCAGUUUUACAGCUGUGCAGAGUCUGCUGGGCAAGAUGAAGCUCUGGAUUCUUACAGUAUAUUCAGUUCUGGUUGCAUCUGACCCUUUCCAGUCAGAGUCUUCUUUUUCUUCAGUCAGAGGAUCUUGUCAGAGUUUGUGUUCCUGUGAAGAAAAGGAUGAUACCAUGAUUAUAAACUGUGAAGAAAGAGGCAUCAAGAUGGUAUCAGAAGUAAAUGUCCCACCAUCACGGCCUUUCCAUCUUAAUCUGUUAAACAAUGGCCUGACUACGUUACAUGUGAACGAUUUUGCUGGCCUUGUUAAUGCUAUCUCUCUACAUCUUGGAUUUAAUAACAUCGCAGAUAUCGAGCCUGGGGCUUUCAGUGGUCUCAGCCUUCUUAAGCAACUUCAUAUCAAUCACAAUUCUUUAGAAAUACUAAAAGAAGAUACAUUUAAUGGAUUGGAAAAUUUGGAGUUUCUUCAAGCAGACAACAAUUUCAUCACAGUGAUUGAAGCAAGUGCCUUUAGCAAGCUCAACAGGCUUAAAGUGCUUAUUUUGAAUGAUAAUGCCAUUGAGAAUCUUCCUCCGAACGUAUUUCGUUUUGUGCCAUUGACCCAUUUAGAUCUCCGUGGAAACCAAUUACAGACACUGCCGUAUGUUGGCUUUUUAGAACACAUUGGUAGAAUACUAGACCUUCAGUUGGAAGACAAUAAAUGGGUCUGUAACUGUGAUUUGCUUCAGCUGAAGAUAUGGCUCGAAAACAUGCCUCCUCAGUCAAUUAUAGGUGAUGUUGUUUGCAAUAACCCUCCAGUUAUCAAAGGCAGCAUCUUAAGCCGGUUGAAGAAAGAGUCACUUUGUCCUACUCAUCCUGUCAAUGAACUUGAGGAUCCUUCAGGGUCAUUACCGUUGGUUGUAACCACCUCUAUUGGUGAUAGUCACCUAUCAACUAAGGUCAUUCCUAUCCUGAAAGCUCCUACUAAAGAAUCAGGUUUAGUGCUUCAUACUUCAAAGCCAACUACUCAAUUCCCAGGAAUCUAUUGUCCCAUUCCCUGUCACUGCACCAGCCAUAUGCUCUCAGGAGUUCUCAUGCACUGCCAAGAGCGAAAUAUUGAAAGCUUGUCUGAUUUAGGACCUCCUCCUACAAAUCCUAAAAAGCUUAUUCUAGCUGGAAACAUUAUUCAGACAUUACUGAAGUCAGAUCUUGUGGACUAUGCUAGCCUGGAAAUGCUUCAUCUGGGGAACAAUCGUAUUGAAAUCCUUGAGGAAGGAUCUUUUAUGAAUAUGACUAGACUGCAGAAAUUAUAUCUCAAUGGCAAUCAUCUUACAAAGCUAAGUCAGAAUCUCUUUCUUGGCCUUCGGCACCUUGAAUACUUGUACCUUGAAUAUAAUGCCAUCAAAGAAGUUUUGCCGGGGACAUUUAAUGUGAUGCCAAAACUUAAGGUCCUCUACUUAAAUAACAACCUUCUGCAGACUUUACCACCCCAUAUCUUUUCAGGGGUUCCACUUACAAGAUUAAACCUAAAAACAAACCAGUUUGCUCAUUUGCCUGUGAGCAAUGUCUUGGAUGAACUGGAUAUGCUGAUACAAAUUGAACUUGAAGACAACCCAUGGGAUUGUACCUGUGAUUCAGUUGGGCUGCAAAAAUGGAUACAAAAGCUGAGUAAGAACAUAAUGAUGGGUGAUAUUUUUUGUAAAUCUCCAGGACACCUAGAAAAAAAAGAACUGAAAUCUCUGAACAGUGAAGUAUUGUGUCCAGGUUUAUUAAACAGCCCUGCCCUACCAUCUCAUGCCAGUUUUGUGGUUGUGACAACUUCCACUACUACUACCAACACUGCAGACACAAUCCUGCGGUCCCUUACAGACGCUGUCCCACUUUCUGUUCUAAUACUAGGACUUCUAAUUGUGUUUAUAACUAUCGUAUUUUGUGCAGCAGGCAUAGUUGUUCUUGUUCUGCAUCGGCGGCGAAGAUGUAAAAAGAAGCAAGCAAAUGAACAAAUGAGGGAUAGUAGCCCAGUUCACCUCCAGUACAGCAUGUAUGGGCAUAAGAAAACACACCACACAACGGAGCGCCCAGCUGCAGCUCUCUAUGAGCAACGUAUGGUUACUCCCGUGGUUCAGGUCUAUCACAGCCCAUCCUUCAGCCCCAAACACAUGGAGCAACAAGAAGAAGGAAGUGAGAAAGUAGUUAAUGAUUCGAAACAUCUCCGCAGAAGUCUCCUGGAAAGAGAGAAUAGUUCACCUCUUACUGGUUCAAAUGUCAAAUAUAAAGCUACAGAUCAAUCUGCUGAAUUUCUGUCUUUUCAAGAUGCCAGCUGCUUGUAUAGAAACAUUCUUGAAAAAGAGAGAGAACUGCAGCAACUAGGGAUCACAGAGUACCUACGAAAAAAUAUUGUCCAGCUCCAGCCUGAAAUGGAAGUUCAUUAUCCUGGAACACAUGAGGAACUGAAGUUAAUGGAGACACUAAUGUACUCCAGGCCAAGAAAAGUUUUUCUAGAACAAACUAAAAAUGAGUAUUUUGAACUCAAAGCUAAUUUACAUGCUGAGCCUGACUACCUGGAAGUCUUGGAGCAGCAAACAUGAAAUGAUGCAUUGGGCUUGGCCAAAUUUCUCUAAUUCUAUUUUAAGUUAGAACCAUUGUAAAUAAGUGCCUUAUAAUAACAAGUCAACAGUCAGAACUUAAGCACAGCAGUAAUCCUAGCAAAAAAAGAAUAAAAAAGAAACAACAAACAAACAAAAACAACAAACAAAAAUAACUCAGGGAUCACUGUGGGAAGCCAUGGGGUUGUGUGCAGAUAGUAUCUUACCCCCAGUUAAACAUGACCUGUAUGACUGAACUGUGGGAGGAAGAUUGCUUAUUGCAAUACUCCUUAACGUGUUUUAAAGGUGUGUAUGGCACUCUUCUUUCUGUACCUAACCUAUGGAAAAAUAUUUGUUUCUUGUACUCCUUUUCUGUCAAAUUAAUUACAUUCCUUAAAACAAACAAACAAAAACACCUGUGUGUGUAGUCACAAGGUUAGAGUGUAUUGGUUAGGUAUUAGCAUAUGCACUGAAUAUAUGGCCAUUGUCUACAACAACACCUAACAUACCCUUGUAAUAAAUAUGAAAAUUUGAAAAGUUGUCAUACUAAAUGUCAGUUAAAAGCAAAAGAAAGAUUUUUGCAUAUGCACCCAUACAUCCAGAGCCUUCAAAUACUUAAUAUUUACAUGGAACUUCAUCAAAUAUGUUCUUUAUCAACAUGAGGAAGCAAAAUAUCUAUGCUUACCCAACAUCUUACAACAAGAAGGAAAAAAAAAAAAAGCAAGCCUUUGCAUACUUUCCCUAUCUGAUAGCUUUACUUAAGUUUGGACAAUCUUUUCUUAAGCUGCUGCUAAAAAAUAUUGUGCAUCACUGGUGUUUCAACUCAUAAUCAUGGGCAAUUUGAAAAGCUACUGAGAAUCAGCUGUAAAUAUAUUGCUGUGUUUAAUAAGUUUCAUUUUUUAUAUGUCUAUCAAUAUAUAUAAAUAACUUCUGUACUGGCUUUAAAUAUACCUGGAGGGAAUAAGUUUGCUGUGGCUAGGAGAUUCCAGGUGCAAAAGCAGGUCCUGACUGACACUACCCAAAAGCAACUCCACUCCUCCCUACAACAAAACAGUUUUGUGCAACUGCAACAAAACACAUGUAUGAGGAACAGUAAUAGUAUUUAGAUGUUGUUUGUACAAAAAAUAUGUUAUAUUUUGCAGAAUCUAGAAGAAAAUAGUGUUGUGGGAAAAUAGGGAAAAAAAGUAGAUCACUGCAGAUUUAUUUUUGCAAUGAAUUCUAGCUAGAUUUAUAUUUACUAUUUAUUCUGUAUAAUUUUGUAUUAUUGUUUUUUAUUAUUUUUUAUUGUUUUUUUUUUUUCAACUCACAAGAAAAGAAAAAGCUUAUUCCUAGCUGCCUUUUAAGCAAAUCAAGGAACUCUUUCAAUGAACAUGAAAUAAAGAGUAUUUUAAAUGUCUUUUUCUUAGAUGUCACUUUUUAAAGAAUAAGGUCGCAACUUCAUGCACAAGUUUAGAAACUGAUCAGGAAUUUUCAGAGGACAAGGCUUCUCACUCUUGCCAUGUGGACAGGAGCAUCUUGUCUGGAGUGCAGUAGGGCCAUUCAAUUUCUGUGCAUGGCUGACACAGUGCCAGAACACAAAUUAUGAUCUGCAUUUAUCUUCUUCUAAACAAAUCUGUGGUAAAUUGUCUAUGCAUGAAUAACAUUUUGUUUCCUAAUUUCUAUUUGUAGAGCUAAGUAUCAGCUGAAUUUCUACAUAUAUAUGCCAAAAUUGGCACUGAAGUUUUGAUAAACUAAAAGAGAUAUGUUCUUUAGUUCAUCUUACUGCUGAUGUCUUAUCUAUUUGUAUACAUAUAUGUGACUUCUUUAUUUUCUUUGCACAUGGGUACAUAGGCUGCUGACAGAAUUUUUUCCUAUGCUGUAUACAAAAGUCAAAUUAUCAGUUCUUUCAAAUUUGCAUAGAGAUAAUUACAUCGAUGGUGUUAUCCUAAUUUUUGUAACCCAAGGAUCUGACCACUUGUUUCUGUUAACAAUUCAACUUCCUUAUUAAUAUUCUUAAAAAGUCAUCACUUUGCUAUGGAAAUCAACCUUCUUAGCUUCCAAGAAUCAAAAUGUUAGUUAUUAGAAAAUAAGUAUUCUUUCCUCUUUCUACAGCUGAGAAUAAUUUAGUUUAGAAAACCUCUGUAUUGAGGAAGCGUAAAUCUGGUUGCAAUAUGUUUUUUCCUUGCUAUCUUUAUUCUAGACAAGUGAAGGUAAUGCUAAGUAUUACUUGUGGAGGUAAAGGUGAGACAAAGGGGAAAAUACAACUACUUUAAUUUUACAUUAACUUAAGUAUUUAGUGUUAUUUUAACUGUCCUUGCACAUCUUCAAGGACAUGUCAGAGAACCUAUGGAAACCCCUGCUUUCAUCUAGAGGGGCAACUGAAGAGCAGGUGAGAUGGCUUAGAGAACUAAAAUUAUUCUAAUUGUCUUCAUUUAACUAACUAAAUUCAAUUCUGUAAAUAAUCUAUUAAGAAACAAUGAAAAAUUGAAUUCAGUCAAUAGAACUGACAAUAGAAAGCUUUGAAUUUUAAACAGACCCACAAAUAUCCUUCAGUGAAUUCUCAGAGAUCUUAAAUUAAUGUGGAAAAAAAAAACAAACAACAACAUAUAUGGUAUAUAAAAACAGACUUUAGCAUUUCUGUGUCAUUUCAGUAGUCAUUUCCAUUAGUAAAAAAUGGGUGUAAAAAUAAUUCUCUGGAAUGGGCAAGAUGCAGGGAAAUGAUGAAUCAGACCCUCAGGCUUUGAUUUAAGAGAAAUAGUUUUAGACUAAAGACAAUUGCCACAUGCACAGAUGUCACUUUGCUUAGCUGCUAACAGUUACUUGGCAGAAUGUUGAGGACAACUGUGUGGCAAAACAUUUUUCUGCAUUGCAGUCUCAAGGAAUAACAAAAAAAAAAAAAAAAAAAAAAAGCUAAAUUCAUGUCAAAGCAACUCAGAUACACAGCUGUAUCAGAGCAUCACUCAGCAGAAGUAAAUAGAGAUUUAGCUUUUAGCUUUCCAUCAGCAGGGUGAUUCACACCAUUCGUUAUAUUAGGGUGACUGUACUCUGUGGUAGUCUGUAACGCUGCAAGUCAUUUUUCAGUAUCCAGAAGUCAGUAGAAUGUGGCAUGUCAUCCAUUUUCCUAUCAUCUGUCCCUGCUGAACUGCCACGUAGUAAAUGUUUGUAUUACAAAGUGAGAGCAGGUCUGUCUAUAGACUUUCCUCAUAAUUACAUUCUCAGACAGUGACUUCCUACAUGAGGAGAUUUUUUUUUUUUUUCAGGAGGAAAAUUUAUAUUGCCAUAACAAAAAGGGAUAAGAAUUUGGCCUUAUAUGAUUAUUCUUCAGAUGAAGAAUAUCAGUAUCAGCUGAUAAAAUCAUAACAUAGGGAAGAUAUUAUACAACAAAAGAAGGAUGAAGUAUGUGUUCCCAAAAGUUUCUUGGUAACUUAUUUUGAUUAUAUUAAUUAGCAAUGUGUUCCUAACACAUUGAUACCAUCCUUGAUACCGUCUCAACAUAAGCAAUGUGUUCCUAACAUUGUUACUGAUGUUUCUGGAAAGUUGGGAGUGGUAUUCAGAUUUUGUUGUUAUUCCUAAAGCUAUGCUCUUGUAUUUAUUUGCUUAUUUAUUUUCCAAUGACAGACACAGUAAGUGAUUUUACACAUUUCACUUACCUAGAAUAAUGAAGGCUGGAAGGCAAAGCAAUGUUUGACAGUCUGCAAUGAAGUGGAUCCAUUUUUUUCCUGUCAGCACUACAGUUUGAGGAACGAUUGAGUUUGAUUGAGUGGAGGAACAGUGUACAGAAGACAGGUGUACUUUGCAGCUAUAAUAUUGUUGUUAGGGUACCUCAAAGUAAUUAACAUUAACAUUUUUCCCCUUGCAUUUGAGUGAAUAAAAUAUAUUAAAUAACGAUAUAGACCUGUUCUCUAAAUAAAAAACAUAAUAAAUACAUCUAUUGCACUAAUUUAUUUUAACCUGCUUUUAUAUUUCCAACUUCAUAAAUGUCAAACAUUCUCAUUUCUUCCUGCUACAGGUAUUUUUCACACAGACUUUUAGUAUUUACUUAGUAAUAUAUUUGUAUUACCUGCAGUGAUGUCUCUUUAAGCUUAUGAACAGAAAAAAGCAACACCCCCCAAAAAAACAAACAAACAAACAAACAAAAAAACACUUUUCAACAAAAAAAUGUGAAUUUGCACAUAAAUUAUUUAUCUAUUCUGAAAUAGUUCAAUAAUUUCAUGCGUUCUCUAUUCGAAUGACAGAUCAUCCUUUCUAUAACCAAGUUGUAAAUUGAAAAUAAGUUCAUACUUUUUCUCUGUGAUGUGUUAAAGCUACAAGAUUUGAACUUAAGCCUUUUCACCUUCAAUAACUGAUUUUCUGAUUGGAAUCAGAGAACCAGGUUCUGGCCCUUCUCUUUAUAAAGAAGUCCUCAAUAUAACCCCAAACAGCAGCUCUUCAUAAUGUGACCUACGUAGAGGUUGCUGAAUGCAUAGGUUGCUAAACUGAAAAGAUAAGUUUGACUUGGAGGGGAAAACACUUUAUCAAGAUCCAUUUCUGUUAAUGUGAAUAGAACAUGGGUAUUUACUGCAAUGAAAACAUUAUUUCACAGGGCAUAGUGUUAAGGGAAAAAAAAGAGAGACUGAGUCUCAAAGUCAGCAUCAGAAAGAAUUCUGGAUUAUUAUUUUGAGGAUGCAAUUUUCUAGAGCAAUAUAUUUCAUCAGCCACACCACAAUAAUCUGCACAUUUCAGGUAAAUGUCCUGAAAUUGUUACAAGGCUAAAAACAAUCAAGCGCUUGUCUUAAUUAAAAAGAUCAACUGAGACACUUGCUAAAGACUUUGUCUAUUUCUCUUCUCUUGUACUGCCCAAAUAUAAAAUACCUUUAUUUCCAUUAAUGAAUUUCCAUCAUGGACAAAUCCUGCUCUGCCAUAGACUACACCCUAGCACUAAACUGAAACCUACUCCAUGGGGAAGUUCUGUGUGUGUGAAUUGCCUUCAGUUUUCAGUUCCUCUGCCACUUGAUGUUUAGUUUACCCUACUGGAUUUGGGACAGGGAAAUGGAUCUAUUACAGAGCUUACUAUAAUUCAAAAGAUUUGUCCCUCUUUGAUUUUCUGAAGUUUAUGAUAUUCUUGAUCUUGUUCCAGGAGAUGGUAUCAAAUACAUUUUUUUGUUUGUUUGUUUUUGUUUGUUUUGUUUUGUUUUUGACUUGAAAUAGAAAUGAGCUGUAGAUGGGAUCAAUAUGGUGAACUUAACUGCCAUACUGAAAAGAUAUAGCAUGGCAUUUUCUUUCCUGCACAUCUCCUAACAGUCUUUUGGCUUCUUGACACAACAGAACAAAUUCUUAAGAGCCACAGUCUAAUGGAAAGCAGUUAACAUCAAGAAGAAAGUAAAACACCAGAUGCUGCUCAGUUUUAUGAAAGCAAGAUGUGAUGAAAAAAAAUUUUUAAUCAGUUUCAACAAGAUUGAGUGCAUAUGUUCCUCCUACUUCUACUACAAGGACUACUUCUACAGUUACUUUUAGUUCCUGUUAUGGAAUGAUAGCAGAGAAAAGAAGAAACAACUUAGUUUCAUAUAUUAAGGAGAAAUGUUAUUUAUUGUAACUUUAGCUGUUCACCUUUGUAGAUCAAUUCAUCUAGAUUAUUUCAUUUUGAGACAAACUAUUUUAGGAAAUAAGUAUUUUAAAAAUCUUCCAGUUGUAAUUUAUUACCUACUAAACUCCAGAGAAAUAUAUAAAUUCAAAUAUAAAGAAAUCUAGACCCCCCUUUAUACAUCCAGAAAUCUGUCCAAUUAAAUGUUAGCAUAAAAUUGCUUUUUAAAAUAAACUAUAACUUUUAUUUUGUUACUUUAUAAAACUAUUAUUUUUAGUUUUGAAUUAAGAGCCAUCCCAGUCAGUAUUUUUGCAUUUUUUAAUUGAAUGCCAAUAUAACACUUUCAUAAUUAUACAUAUUUGGGUUAAAUACAUAUUAAAUAUUUCCAUACUAAGACAUAUUAAAAAACAAUACUGUCAAAUGUAAUCUGACACCCACCUCUUCUUUCUCUUUGCAGAAACAAUGCAGUUUGCUGUGAAAAAAACAAAAACAAAACAAAACAAAACAAACAAACAAACAAACAAAAACAACAUUAGUGGGGAGGAACAAACAAACAAAAUUAUCUUGUGUCUUCAUGACUUAUUUUGUGAGUGAAAUAUUUUGUAUCCCUAUCCCUGUGGUGCAGUAUGUUCAUACAUUUCAUAGGAAGUAUCUAAGAGGUUCAGACUAAAACAAUUAAAGACAUGACACUGUUAACACAAAGGAGUGGAUUAAUUAAUAGUCUAUGUAAUCGUGUUCUUUUGUAAAAAGGUAGUUGCAACAACACUUUUCAAAAGAUGCGGUGUGUCAAAUUUCCUUUGAUUAUAUCUGCUAAAUUGGACCCCAGUGGUCCUCUUACAUCUUUAUGAAACUUGGUAAGAUGUGAGAUUCAGGCUGCCAGUGCUGGGCUAGUUCACGGCCAUCCAGACACUCUGUAUGCUUGGAUAUUUAGAGGCCAGUAAAAAACCUCUAAGGUGAUGUGUUGAAGUGAAAGAGAUUCUGAGAAACAGUUAAAGAUUUAGCUGGCUCUUUUCAUCUUGCCCAAGAUGUUCAACAUUCCAUAGUAUUAUAUCGUGUGACUUAAGGAUGAAUGUAAAAUACUAAUAAAUCAGAAAUGUAACAUUUAGAUGUCACUGUUCACAAAGGGUAAAUGAUUACAUGAGAUGCCAUGGAAUGAACGUGAAGGUAGGGAGACUUUAACAGCCUCAUGUGUUAUGGAAGUGUUUUUAAGUACACUUAAAAAUAACACUCAGUAUAACUCCAGAAAAGUUGGUAGGGGAGAGGAGAUUUUUGUCUAUUGACCACUCAUGAAUACAACAUUUCUGAAGGGAAAUGCUCUUCUGAGGAUAGCUAACGUCAUGCUUCCAUACAAGAUAUUACGAAGGCUGAAUAAUUUUCUAUAGUUUCUAACAUAAUCUUGUAUAAUAGGCUGAAAUCUGUCACUGCUCUAAGCUCUAAAGCUUCUGUGUCAUCUGAAGUCAGCAGGACUUCUUGCAUACCUAGAUUCCAUGGUUAUUUUUACUCAUAAAAAUGAUCACAGAAUAAAUAGGAUUUAUUUUUUAUUUAUUUAUUUUUUUAUUAUUUUCCUACAUAAAAUCAAUCCUGUAAAGAAAAUGAUUCCUUCUGAAAUUUUCAUUCAUGUCUUAUUCCAAGGGACAUUAAAGCUAAGCAAAUAUGUCUUUCAGAUCUGGAUUUAUGCAUCAUUGUAUUAGAAGUCUAUAGUUUUGCCUGCACAGAUACAUAUACAUGUAGACUUAAAAACUGUGCAAAAACUUAGUGGUGUUGUUGCACCAUCUUUGAUCAGCCAACAUGAAUUGUGAGCACGAGACCAGCUACCAUUCUUAAAUUUAAAGCCAAGCCAUAUAUAUUUGAGGUUCUGAAGAUUCACUUGACACUGCUUCCUGAAAAAGUGAAAGCUAUGUCUUUUUUUUUUUUUUUUAAGUUCAUUUUCUCCAACAGAUAAGCAUGUAAAGAAGAUCACAGUGUAGGUUAUAGAGGUCAAUAUCAAAAAUAAACACCUAAAAGAUAUCUGGACUUUAGGAAUAGCCUUCUUCACUAAUGGAAGUAGUGCAGCACUGAAAAAGGUUACACAAAGUGUCUGUGGAAUCUUAAUCCCUUGGAGAUUUUCAGGAUUUUUCUGUACAUUCUCAGCUGGUAUACAGUAAGCAGCAAUGCUGCUCCAAGCAUCAGGAAAUUGGACUUUACAACCUUCAGAGAUCCCUUCCAAUCAGCAUUUCUUUGAUUUCAACAUGAUUUUGCAAAAGAUUUUUGAGGGCAAAAUAGAAGGGUGUUUCUUUUCUUUAUAUACAUUUCCUCAAUAUGAAGUUAAGCAAAAAGGUAAAUACAAUACUCACCAAACACUGAAAUGAAGUAAAAACUUCUCAGUUAAGUCCUGUAAGAUACAGAGAAGCAGUAAUAUCAAAGCUGCAACAACUUAAACAGUGCUUCUCUGAUGUUGGUCAGAAUGCAUGUGAAUUGUGGUUACCUGAAUUUAUUGUUUAAAGUAUUUUUUUACUUGACAUAUUUUAAAUCUCUAAAUAAAAUACUGAAACUA